UCUCACAAACAACUCCAGAAGACAAUGAAGAAGAACAAUACCACUCCCCCCAUUAAAGACACCAUCACCAUCACCAAAUCCAAGAAAAGAACUCGAAACACAUGCCACAUGAAACCUAAACCCGAACCCGAACCCGAAGCAGGGUUUGCUAUCAGCGACAUAGAAGACAUUCAAUUUAGGGAAGAUUCGGUUGCAGAAAUAAGGGCAUCAUUGUUGAAAUGGUACGAUGUUAACAAGAGAGACCUUCCAUGGAGGAGAAUCAGCGAAGGUGAAGCAAGUGAUAGAAAAGCAUAUGCUGUGUGGGUUUCAGAAAUCAUGCUUCAACAAACAAGGGUUCAGACUGUUAUAGAUUAUUUUAAUAGGUGGAUGGAGAAAUGGCCCACUGUUCAUCACCUAGCUCAAGCUUCUAUUGAGGAGGUUAAUGAGAUGUGGGCUGGAUUGGGUUAUUACAGAAGGGCAAGGUUCUUGUUGGAGGGAGCAAAAAUGGUUGUUGAAGAAGGAGGUAAGUUUCCUAGAUCAGUGAGUGAUCUUCGUAGGGUUAAAGGAAUAGGAGAAUACACUGCAGGUGCAAUCGCCUCUAUCGCUUUUAAAGAGGCGGUGCCUGUGGUCGAUGGAAACGUUAUUAGGGUGAUUGCUAGAUUAAAGACAAUUUCCGCAAAUCCUAAAGACAAAACAACUAUCAAGAACAUCUGGAGACUAGCCGGGCAACUAGUCGAUAGUCAUAGGCCCGGAGACUUUAACCAGGCCGUUAUGGAGCUUGGUGCUACACUAUGUACUCCUUUAAGCCCCGAUUGUUCAUCUUGUCCGGUGUCUAGUCAAUGUAGUGCACUUCUAAAGACCAAACAUGACCCAUCGGCACUUGUAACGGAUUAUCCAACUAAAGUGGCAAAGGUGAAACAAAGGCACGACUAUUCUGCCGUUACGGUAGUUGAAAUAUUAGAAAGCGAAAAAGGUACAGUGGAUACGUCUGAUUCGGGAAGUAAGUUUUUGAUUGUUAAGAGACCAGAAGAAGGUUUACUUGCGGGCCUUUGGGAAUUUCCGUCGGUUUCUUUGAAUGAAAAGGAUGAUUUGGUUACAAGAAGACGAACAGUUGAUGAUUUCUUGAAGAAUUCAUUUGGGUUAAACGUUAAUCGAUCGUCUAAUAUUGUUUCGAGAGACGAAGUGGGCGAAUAUGUCCAUAUAUUCACUCACAUUCGUCUCAAGAUGUAUAUUGAGCUAUUGGUUCUACGGUCACAAGAUUUGCAUAGAAAAAAGGACAAAGGAUCCAUGCUUUUUAAAUAUGUUGAUACCAAAACCCUUGCAACCAUGGGAUUAUCAACCGGAGUUAGAAAGGCUUACAACAUGGUCCUGAAGUUUAGACAGAGUAGAUCAAGUCCCAUUUCAAGAUAAACUAGCCCCCCGACUUGUGUUCAAGAUUGUGAUUGAAGCUAUUCUAGAGUGCUAAAUUAUUCGCUAUUUAAUCAAGCAUCAAGUGUUGGUAGUUCACGUGCUUGAUGCGUUUUUUUAAUGGCUAAACUAAAAAAGAAACUGUUGACGCAAAGGUUGUUAAACACUUCGAUGAGUCUUAAACACUCAACGAGACUAGAAGUGCCGGUUUCAACCAUGUACACGGUGUUAAUUCUUACCACAAAUGUUGUUUUCUUUAGCUUGGAAAUGUAAUCAAGUUAUUACUCCACAUUGCCUGGCAAAACAAACCCAUACAUGUCAUUUUGGGUAAUUAAAAUGGCAUGGUGGGUUAUUUUGGACCUCA